AUGAGCAGCUCUCUGCCCCUCGUCGACCGGGCACUUGCGGUCUUUGUGGUGUCUGUGGCAAUGAUGGGUAUCUCGGUCUUGGCAGUUGUUCUACGUAGCUUUGUUCGCCUGUACUUGGUGCGAGCAUUCGGGUGGGAUGAUGCUCUCAUGGUUCUUGCCUUGGCACUCUUCGUAUUCUUGGACAUCUGUUGUAUGAUUGGCUCAAAGAGCGGAGUUGGUCAUAGGAUGGCCGAGUUUAUGAGUCUGGGGGCAUUGGAUGAGCUUAAAAGAUCCCUACUGUGGUGGUGGCUUGGUCAGAUGCUCUAUAUUUGGUCGUCUGCUAUCACCAAAGUAUCCAUUUCCAUGGCGCUCCUGCGUUUAACCGUACGAAGAUUGCAUCGCAUCAUCCUGUGGACCGUCAUUGCCCUCUCUAUCGCCAUCGGACUCAUGUUCUGGUUCGUCCUGCUACUGGACUGCAAUCCCGUCUCCUACUUCUGGCUCCGUGUGAACCCUCUCAUUUCGGGAAAAUGCAUGUCCACCGAUGUUCUUUUGGCGAUUGCCUAUCUCUACAGUUCGCUCACCAUCUUCUGCGACUUGACUCUCGGCAUCAUGCCCGCACUUCUGGUUUGGAAUCUGCAGAUGAAUAGGAAGACGAAGAUCGCGCUUGGCUCGAUUCUCAGUUUGGGAGCUGUUGCGAGUGUUGCAGUGAUUAUCCGACUCCCAUUCCUUCACUAUUACAAAGAUGAUGAUUUUCUAUACUCCACCUACCAAAUCGCAAUCUGGUCCGUCAUCGAAACAGGACUCGGCAUCACGGCCGGCAGCCUUGUCACUCUCCGCCCCCUAUUCCGCUGGUUUCUGGACGGCAGCCCGUCCUACGGUCGUCACAGACGCAGUGGCAAACGCAGCAGCAGGCAAUACCCGCUUACUAGCUUGAGUGGGGAUCCAUCGAAGAAGAAUUCUCGCGAUCCGAGCUACUGGCGCCCUGACCUUCCGGACGAUGCUUCCAACGUCGUGGUAACUACCGUCUCGUCGCCAAUGGUGCGAAGCCAUCUGAAUGACGACCACAGCAGCCAGGAGGAUCUAAACCUUCCCGAGGUAUCAUGGCCCCGUUACCAGGUCAACAUUCACAAGACUUUCCAAAUGACCGACGGACCUUCAUGA